UCUCUGACGGCCAUGGGGCCCUGGCGCUGCCUGCUCCUCCUGCCGCUCCUCGCUGUGGCCCUGCGAGCCCAGCAGCAGCAGUUCAUGGAGUAUGUGGAGCGGCGCCUCACCCUCCUGGAGGAGAGGAUCUCCCAGUGGUACGACCAGAGUAGCCGCUACUCCACAGAGCUGCGGGACUUCAAGAACCAGGUGUUGGGGAUGCUCGAGACAGCAGAGAAGGAGCGGGAGACGAUGCGGUCGGAGGCAGAGAGUGCAGCAGUGCGCGUGGACCGGCUGGAGCGGGAGGUGGACUACCUGGAGACACAGAACCCUGCGCCGCCCUGCGUGGAGGUGGACGAGACGCUGAUGGAGAAGCAGGUGGCCACAGCCAAGCAGAGGAAGAAUGAGAAAUACACCAAGCUUACAGACUGCAGUGACACCAUUGGGAGUGUCAGAGCCAUGAAGAUCCUGAAGCGUUUUGGCAGCACCUCAGGGCUCUGGACCAAGGAUGCUGCAGGGAACUUGGAGAAGAUCUACGUCUUUGACGGCACUGCCAACGACACAGUGUACGUCUUCCCCCGCAUGCGGGAGUUCACCCUCUUCUCUGCCACCCGCAAGGCUGCCCGCAUCAAGCUGCCUUACCCCUGGGUGGGCACUGGGCACCUCGUCUAUGAUGGGCACCUCUACUACAUCCGCCAGCAGGGAUCCUUCCAGGUGAUCAAGUUCAACCUAGCCAACAAGACAGUGGUGGACAGCUCGGUGUUCCCAGCUGAGGAGCAGAUCCCUGUGUUUGGGCUCUCCCCUUUUACCUACAUAGAGGUGGCAGCGGAUGAGGAGGGGCUCUGGGCCAUCUAUGCCACCAAGGAGGAUGAGAAGAACAUAUGCCUGGCCAAGUUGGAUCCCACCUCGUUGGACAUCGAGCAGAUGUGGGACACACCGUGCCCACGGGAGAAUGCUGAGGGCGCCUUCGUGGUGUGCGGGGCACUGCACGUGGUCUACAACACGCGCCUGCCCAGCCGCUCUCGCGUGCAGUGCGUCUUCGACGUCAGUGGAACUUUGUCCCCUGAGGAUGCCUCCCUUGUCUACUUCCCCAAACGCUACGGCUCCCACUCCAGCAUGAAGUAUAGCCCCCGGGAAAGGCAGAUCUAUGCCUGGGAUGAUGGCUACCAGAUCAUCUACCGCAUGGAGAUGAAGAAGAAGCUGGAGGUCUGAGGGGAUACAGCAAGGUAUGGCUGGAGAGACAAUUGCAAGGGCAAAAACCUGAGCUCCUAUGUCAAGGGUUGCUAAAUCACUCCACAGGCAGCAACUCUUUACUCAGGAUCACCAAAGGUGAAGAGUGAGGGCUUAUGGAGCUAGGGCUAGGGAAAAUGGAUGGGUGUGGGGAAUUAAAAGCAGCAUAUUAUUGAGGUAGAAAGGGUGCUGGCUAUUGCUAAUACUAUGAGAACUUUGUGUUGCUGCAAUGCAAGUAGAGAACUGAAAGGCUGAGGGCUGACUAGAAACAAAGCUUAGCAGAAGUGCAUUACGGGUGGAGUUUCAGCCACCUACUUGCAUAAUGCUAAUUCAAGAUUCUGCUAUCCUGACUAAUAAAGGUUACCAACAUUUA